AUGUCUGCCGAUGAUAAAGACACGACAUGUCCGACCACGAGUGAAGAAAUAUCUGAUAUUGUGAUUAGUAAAAACAACAGUGAGCUAAAUAGUGAAAUAUGUGAGAAAAAGGCGACUAAACUUCCGAGGAAAGUCUCGUUCCCGAAAGAAGAGCAGUUGGUGACACAGUAUUUCGAGCCUGCCAACCCUUGGCAAGAUGUGCCCACAACGACAAGGGCGCAGCUCGCCGCCGAGUACCUGGAGGCAUGCAGAUGUCACAAAACACCGGCCAUUGAGUCCGUGCUGGAACAAAUACGGGAGUUACCAGAGAACGCGAUCGGAGGUGGUGCCCGGGCGCCCCGGCUCACGUUGUCGGACUGCUCCCUGCUGGGCUGUUCCCCCGCAGACGCACUCGAGGCGCUUUUGCGGAAGGUUCAAUUCCGGCGCAUUGAGUUUGACCAUGUGGAAAUUGAUGACGAGGGUGCGGAGGCGAUGUUCGACAUGAUAGAAUACUACGAGAGUGCUACGGUUGUUUGUAUAAUUGGACCGCGCCAGUACGGUAUUAGGGGAUGGCAGACAACUUCGCGGAUGAUCAAGAAGAGUGCUGAAUUAACAGAACUGGAGGUAUCAGACAGUGCUUUGGAAGCGUCCCACACUGAAGUGCUGGCGAGAUCGCUUCGGCCCAUCACAUGUCCACUCAGAUCUUUGUGUCUGCAGAGGACAAACCUAUCUGGUGAACCCUUGAUGUGCCUAGUAAUUGCUCUCAAAUCAAACAACUCAGUGAGAGAGCUGAGGCUGGGUGACAAUUGUUUGACGCCUCAUGAUGCAGCGCAGCUCGCCUCACUGCUCCGUUUCAACACCAGGCUGCAGCUUCUAGAUCUGUCCAAUAAUCUUAUACAGGACGCAGGCGUAGCGCAGUUGGCAGAUGCGCUAGUGGCACAGUCCUCAUACACCCCGCCAUCGGCGGCCACGUCGCCGCUUUCGCCGCAUCACUGUCCAAUAAGUAGUUACGAGUCCCGGGGUCUGGCGUUCCUUGUGUUAUGGAACAAUCAGCUCACGAGGAAUUGCGCCGUUCAUCUUGGAAAAGUAUUGCGUUCAUCGCAAUCGCUUUGCGUGCUAAACGUGGGCCGCAACGCGCUGGGCUCCGAGGCUGUGCGCACGCUGCACGAAAGCUGCGUGGGCGUGAGCGGGGCGGUGGGCAACGUGGGCGUGGGCAGCAUAGGCGCGCUCGUGUCGCUGGGCCUGCAGGCCGCGCGGCUGGGCCCCGAUGCCGUGCCUCCUCUUACUGCCUUGGUCACCAUCUGCACCAGGCUGCAGAGGCUAGAUCUCAGAGACAAUAAACUGGGCAGUGCGGGAUUGCAGGCCAUACUCAAUGCAAUGAAGGACAACACCACGAUCACACAGAUUGACCUUGAUGACCCACCGGAGGUAAACAAUGGGACGUCAUCGCGGAAUGCAGAGAUGAACGCAGUUGCGAAAUUAACCCGGGAGAUUCGUUCGCUGUGCAGCCGUAACGAACCGACUCCAUCGCAACGGCUGCACAGGAAGAUCAGCCUUACCUGCCACACCGCGUGCCUGCUGCGGAGCGGCGGCAGCGAGGAGGAGCGGCGGGGAGGCGGGGGGGCGCGCCUGCGAUCGCCCGCGCCGUCGCCCGCGCCUUCACCCGCGCCCUCGCCCGCCGGCAGCCCCGUGCCGCUCGCGCAACACUCGCGCUUCUCCGUCAGUACUUGCACACGCACACGCACACGCACCGCUAGAGAUGUGACAAGGGUGACACCGGACAGAGAGUCUUCGGACAGCUCGAGUCCAUCAACGCCGACAAGACCUUCGUAUUGCUCAACGUCGUCGAGGUUUAAAGUUGUACAGGUUGCAGAGCCGCCGAAAAUCCAAGUCCAUCCAGCCACACAAUCGAGGAGGACAACAUCGCGGUUCUCAGUAACAAGGAACUACGACUCUACGUACAAUCCAACUCCGUCUCCCGUUUCAACUGCCUCUUCAAGUCCAGAACCAUCCACAGCGACACCAAGCCCAGAACCUCCAGCACUAAUUAAGGCACCUUCAGAACCUAUAAUUUCUAUUAAAGCAAUCUCAGAUGUAGUUGUUCAUAAACCUGUGCAGGAACCAAUUCCAGCUAAGUUUAGCAUAGAACCAGUUAUGGUAAAAGAACAUUUACAAAAAGAAGUUCUGGUUCAAUCUUCGAAACCUUCAGCAAAGAUAAAACCAAGUUCAGAAAUAGAACAGGAUAAACAAAGUUCAAAUGAAAUGAUUAAACUUAAGACGGAAGAUAAUGUUUUAAAGGAAGUAAAUAAUAAAGAAUUGGCAGCAGAAUCUAGUAAAGAAAUUCUUAAAUCGAAUACAGAAUUAAUUAGUUCGGAGAAGCCCAGUUUAGAAUCUACAACAUUGUGUGUGGAUUCCAAAUUAACAGCUAGUUUUGAUAACUUAGUUGUUUCAGAUUCUAAAGAUUAUAUGUCUGAACUUUCAUCUAAACCCAAAACUAAGGAUUUGAAUGUAUCGGAAAAAGUUACAUGUAAAUUAAAAUCUGACAAUACACCCACUUCUAAAACAGGAGAUGAUAUCUUUGGCCAAGACACUUCUAAGGAGGUUUAUUGUCCGAAGCCUUUCGAUAAAGAUGUGCCAAUGAUUUCUUCAAAGUUGGAUGAUUACAGUUCUGAUCUCAAGGAAACUACAGUUAUUUCUGUAGGCUUUAAAGAAAAUAUACCUGUGAUGACUGAUAAAAUUAUUCAAGGGGCAGAUGCUGGCAAAGCUAUUAGUAAGGAAUACUCAUUUAAAGAAAAAGAUAUUGCAGAAGUUGUAGCUGGAAUAAAUGAAAUGAAGGUUGAUAAGAAAGUGAAAGGUGAUUUGAGUAAGGUAGAGGACUUAUUGACUGAUGUUAAAUUAAUUUAUAGUGAUAGUGCGGUAAAUAAAAAUAGCAAAUCGGAAGUAAAAGGUGACGCUGUUACUAGUAAUGUCUCAGUGACAGACGUUGAUAGUAAUAGCAGUAAAAUAGAUGAUAUUAUUACUAAUAUUAGUGUUAUUAGAGAAAAGGUAGAUUUCAAAGAUAAAUCUGAGAAUAUAUCUCAUAAUGAGGUAGUUAGUGUUAUAGGUGAUAAUAAGUUAUUAAAGACAGAGACGAAGUUAGCUAAAUCUAGUGUAGAAGUGAGCGAGACGGAGAUAGUUGACGUCGAAGUAGAGUUUACUGUUAAACGCGAAAGUGUACAGAAUAGUGUAAGUAGAGAACAUGCAGCCAAAGUACAUAGUGACCAAAACAUGAAUAAAUCUAUUGAAAUAAAAGUAAAUGAUAUGUCUUCAAGCGGGGAAAGAACUGGUGAUGCCAUAAAGCAUAUAGAAGAAAUCACUGAAAAUAUAGGAAAUAUAAUAAUACAAGAAAUGCAGGACUUUUCGCCUAGGACGAGAACUCUUAAAGUUAAUGAUUCCACACAGACGGAGCAAAUAGACAUAGAUAGUAAUGUAGAUACGUUUAAUGAUGUACCUGUCAAAAUUCGGGAUGUAGUUCUAAAGAAGAAUAAGAGCGAAUCGAGCCUCGACAGUCCAGAUCUAGAAGUUUCUAGAUUGAUGAACAAAAAACUUGGCAGCGCUUUCUGCGAUAGCAGUUCAUCACUUGAGAUAUCUGGGAGCUCUAUGGAGAGUCUGAACGCGUUAGAAAGUCAGAAUCAGCGAAUCUCCAGACCGAUAAUAAUUCAUGAGUCUGUAGAGUCUGAUACUGAGUUAGAUAGGAGAAGAGAUGUGGGAACUUUGUCAACAGAGAGUAGCAUAGAGUCAAAUACCAGUGAAACGACACCAGUUAACAGUGGUUUCCUAAACAUGUCGGUCAGUUCGAACGAAAGUGUUUCUCCAAUUAUCUUUGGAGGAAAGAAAAUCCACGGAUCAUUAUCUAGUUUGGAAGCCAGCAUGAGUUCAUUAGAGUCAGCAAGACAGGAAAGAGUUAUGGUAACUUCAGCUGACUCUGGAAUAGAAUACUCAUUACAAAACCCUUCGGAAAACAGGGAAGAUACAUCUUCGAAUGAGGGAACAUUAACACACAACUCCAGCCUCAAAGAAACUGUUAGGAAACCAGAAAUCUUCCAAGUACAGGAAACGUUGACCUCGCCUAAAAGAACAUCCAGCUUAUUAGACGUCCCUGCAUUGAAAAGCAAAGGGUUAGAUCGCAUGCGCAAAAUUUCCUGGGUGGCCCCAUCCCCUAGCUUCAACAUCCCAAGACCGGAACCAGAAAAAGUUGAAAUGAAAUUACCUUCUCAUUUAGAGAAACUACUCAGCCUGUUCCAACAUCCAAGCAGCUUAUUCUCCAGAAGCACUUCAUCACAGAGCGAUGAAGAAAAGAAAUCGGCAUCUAACACACCACCAAGAAAAGACUCCUCUCUGACUAGCUCCUUCUGGUCCUGGGGCAGUGCUACGGAGAAGUUAGAAAAAGAUGACAAUGACAGUCUGUCUGAGGCAACCGAUUCGACUCUGUCGGAAAGAGUUCAAGUGUCGUUCAUUGACGAAUCUUUCUCAAAGAAGCUCGAUAGUAAAACGCCAUCUACUGACACCGAUAACACUUUAAGUGAAUUCCAGACUUUCCCCGCUCCGAUCGCAAGCGAAGAGAUGCAAGAAGUAGUUGAUAGAGUUACCGAAAUAACCACCGAUGACAAUUUAGUACAAAGAUGUUUAGGUGUAAGCGUGAAGAAUGUAAAUAGCGCAAGCUCCAACGGCAACAAGCCGCGAGCGAGUGAUAAUUCAGAUCUCAUUGAGCCCAACGACCUCAACAGAAACGUAUACGAAAGCCCAAACGCGCAAUCAGGCGACAACAAUAAGAAUUCCGCUAAAGAACCACAGGGAUCCCAUGAAUUAGAUAAGGAUAAAACGAAAGUUCUAGAUGUUAAGUUAGAUGUACCAAAAUCGAUUGAGGUUAUUCGACCGCGGUCCUUUGCAGCCGUACUCAAGGCCUCGGGUUCGGACAACUCGUUGGAGAAGCAACCCAGCCCUGAUUCCGCCACCUCUGUCGAUAAACUCCCUAGCAAACUGAUUAGAGGAAUCAAAGAAAAUAUUAGCCCUGAAAAUACUUUGACAUCGAGUAUGAGCAAUACACUAGCACACGAAAUAUCAGAGAAACAGAAGAAGCAGCCUACUGUGGGACCAUUGUGGGAAGUGACGUCUAUGCUAGACAAACCUGAACUCCAAGUUGAGGAUCUAAAGACUGAAAUGGCACCAAUAGCAACAGUUGAAGAAGCAUGUGAUGAGGCAGCUGAUAACUGUGUUCAAUUGGCAUAUAUUGAUGAUGACAGAGUCGUUGACGACAGCAACUUGUCAGCUGACAGUGGAGUCAAGUCUCUUGAAAGUGUUACGGAGAAAUCUGAAUCAAGGAAAAUUGACACUGUGCCUGAAUUAGAAACUGUAGAUUUCGGCAAAGAUGCUCUAUCGUAUCUCAUUUACGAAAACCGAGAUUUCGAGCCCGAUGUGGAGCAUUCUGUAGCCGACGUAAAAACUCAGCAAGGGUCUUUAGCACAAGAGUUAAUAGAGGCCGAAAAUAAAGAACAAUUCCUAGAUCUUUCACCAGAAUUAGUCAUAGACGAUGCUGUUGAAGUGCCGGAGGUGUUACUGGUAAAGGAAAUCAAGGGACUCAAGAGUUCACCAGUGAUACCUGAACGGGCGAAGAUCAAAAAGUCGAACUCAUUAGAAGAUUUGUCGAAAAGGUUGGCGGAGACCGACAAGGACAGUCCAAAAGUCAAAACCAUAGCUUUCAAAGUACCUGAGACAACAACACCUAGAGAUAUUCCAGAGAGGCGUGUAAAAUUUCGCUCUAGAAGUGGGUCGAGUCCAAAAUCCUUGCCAGAGAGUCUUAACAAACCAUGCCCUCUAUCGAAAAUGGACUCCGGUAUUAUCAAGAAGAAGAAAAAGACUUCUUGUUUGGGCAGAAUGGCGAGAGACUCCCUACUGGCGUUGAAUAUGACCGAAGAAGAGACCGCGGAAUUUAGGUCUUACAAAUUGACGUCAGUUGAGAGUUUAAAGUCCUUGGAAUCGGUCUCUGAAGAUGCAAAUUCUCAAAGCGGCACUUCAGUGGACUCUCGUUGCAGAUCUUGCCUUAGAACAUCUCAAGAAAGCUUAAUGUCCUUAGACUCCAUUAACGAGGAUUGUCGAUGCAUGUACGAAUGUGAAAAACACGCUGGACAAUCCAAUAGAUAA